AUGUCGGCAGGAUGGGGAGCUGCGGCGGUGGUGGUGGCGGCGUGCGUGACGCGUUGCCGGCGCGGGGUGGCGUACAACGCGCUGGAUCCACCGGCGGUCUCGUGGGUGGCCAAAAGCCCCAAGUGGAUGCAGCCGUACCUGCGACUGUCGCGUGCAGAUCGGCCGAUUGGGACAUGGCUGCUGAUGUGGCCGUGUACGUGGUCGCUGACGCUUGCGGCGGCAGCGGACGGCCUGCCGGAGGCGCUGCCGGCCCUGGUGAGCAACGUGGCGCUGUUUGGCGCAGGUGCACUCAUCAUGCGCUCGGCGGGUUGCGUGGUCAACGACAUGUGGGAUGCCGAGCUGGAUCGAAGCGUAGAGCGGACACGUGACCGUCCGCUGGCGUCGGGCGAGCUGACCCGCAGGCAGGCGGCGGCGUACGUGGUCGGGCACGGCUUUGCCGGGCUCGGCAUUCUCGCGCAGUAUGAUUUGUCGACGAUUGCGCUUGGGGCGUCGUCGCUUGGGCUUGUAGUGGCAUAUCCAUACAUGAAGCGGAUCACGUACUGGCCGCAGCUCUUUCUGGGCCUCACCUUUAACUGGGGCGUGUGGCUCGGGUAUGCCGCGCAGUCGGGCUCCGCAUUGGGCAUGCCGUUCGAGGUUCUCGCGCCGCUGUACGGGUCUGGAGUGGCGUGGACGCUUCUGUACGACACAAUCUACGCGCGUUCCGACAUGAAGGACGAUGUCAAGGUCGGGAUCAAGUCGUCUGCGCUGGCGACGGCGCAUGCGCCGCGGGCAUACCUGGGCGCGUUUGCGGCGGCGUCCACCGGCUUGCUCGCGGUGUCGGGGGUGAUGGCGGGGCUGGGCGCGCCGUUCUUUGCGCUGUCGGUUGUGGGCGGCGGGGCCCACCUUGCGUGGCAGGUGGCGAGCCUCCAGUUGGACUCGGCGACUGACGCCGUGGCCAAGUUCCGGGCCAACUCGCAGUAUGGGGCGCUGGUGGCGUCGGGCUUUGUGGCGGACGCGCUGGUGUCUGCGCUGUGAUGCAGUUUAGAGGCGGCGCCGACUCAAGCGACGCCGAGAUGAACCUUGACCAGGGAAAUGAGGUCCGCCUUCUUGGCGCGUGCCGGAAUGGCGAUCCCCUCGGAGUUGAGGUAGUCGCGGAGGGUGGCGACGGUGGCCUUGCCCAGCUUGCCCUGGUUGGCGAGCGUGAGCCAGUCGAGCGGCUGCGCGGGCUUGGAGCGCUUUGCGGCGGGGCCGGCGGCUGAGGAAGUGGCCUUGCGCUUACGGCUGGGAACAGCCUUUGUGGGCGGGACGUAGUCCGGAGGGUAGACCGCGGCAGCAAAGCCAUUGAUCUCUUCGGCAAAGUCGGCCAUGGCCUCCUCGUCGGGCAUGACGGCGUCCUCGACCUCGCCAACGUCGUCGCGCUGGAGGGCCAUGGACUCGAGCGCAGUGAGGUGGCGCUGGAUGGCAGGGUCGGCAAAGGCGUCGGUGUCAAACUCCUCGAGGUCGAUGCUGGUGACGACGGCCUUUGCGGCGUUGACUUGCUGGGCUGUGGGCGGCGGCAGGUCACGACCUGAGAUGGCGAGGUCACGGAUGUCGUCGGCGUACGGCAGGGUGACGAGAUGCAUGCCCGGGCCUUGAAUCAUGACGCGGGUCUCGGGAUUGCGAACCUCGGGCUGCGGGAGGAGGGCAACAAAGCGGGGCUCGCCGCCGGCCUGGGUGAUGAGGCGGCAGAUGGCGAUCUUGUCUUUGGCAAUCAUGCGGUCGUGGAGAGCGGCAAAUGCGCGGGUUGAGCCGGAGAUGUUCUUCUCGUGGGGAUAGACAAACUGCGCGGUGCGGAGGUUGUGGUGCUUUGCGAGCGCGGACCGCGGCUUAAAUCCCAUGAGUGUGA